AUGAACACUUCGGACAACGGUAGUGGGGCUAAUGCAGGCCGUGGCUCGAGCACCCUUGCUGCUGGGAGUAGGCAAGGGCACGCGGGGCAAGGGCACGCGGGGCAAGGGCACGCGGGGCAAGGGCAUGCGGGGCAAGGGCACGCGGGGCAAGGGCACGCGGGGCAAGGCGGAGGGAGGAGUGGUGCGUUGAGCAGUGUUGAGGGUGCUGUUGGGGGCAGCACAGGGGGCAGCAGUGUUGGUAUCAGAGCUGUUCCUGUGGGUGGCGGUGGUGUGGAUGGUGGUGCUGGUGGGGGGAGGGGGUUCAGGAGAGCAAAGAGUGAAGAAGGGGAGCAGGAGGGCAGGCAGAGGGGCGUGAGGGAGAGAUUGGAGCAGAGGGUAGAACAGAGGUUGGAAGAGAGGUUAAAUGCGGUGGGAAUGGGAGAGGGGGGUUAUAGGAAUGGUGUUGUUGCCGGGAGUAGUGGUACCAGUAGUUUGAGUGACAGGAGGAGUGUGAGCAGUAGUGUUGGCAGUAGCAGCUGCAAUGUUGCGAGGAGGGAAAGGAGGGCGAUAUAUGAGAGGAGGCUUGGGAGAGUGGAAGCAGAAUAUGGGAACCAAGGCUCGGUGGAUGAGAGUCACCUUUUGGAAUUGCAAGAGGAGCAGGAGGAGGAGGAGGAGGAGGGAGGACAGCAGGGAGAGGAGGAGGCGCGGCAGCAGCAGCAGGAGGAGGAGGAGGAAGAGGGGGAGGAGCAGCAACUGCUGCAGCUUCAGGAGCAGAUUCUUUUGCAAGAGGAGCUGCAGAGUCAUUUAGAGGAGGAGUUACAAGUUCAGGAUCUGGAGCAGAGGGAGCAGAGGGGCGUAGAUAGGCUCGGCAACAGGAGAGGCUCGGCGCCGAGGCUGCUAGGCGUGUACAGGAGGCACGGGAGGGAGGACCGGCACCGGCUGGAGGAGCUGACAGAGAAUCUGGAGGAUGGGGAAAGCACACUUUCUGGUAUCACUAUUGAUGUUCCCCCCGGCGGAGAUGACUAUAACGAAGGGGACUACAGUGCUGAGAAUGCUGGUGGUAGCAACAGCGGCAGUAUGGGGUAUACCGGGGUACCGGCCUAUGUGGAUGGUCUGGGUAUGGUGGGGCUGAAUAGUGGGCUGGUGGGUGGUAUGGAUGAUGCUAUGGGUGGUAGAAUGGAUGGGGACAUGGAUGGGGAUGGGGUGGCGGGACUAGGGGCAGGGACGGUGAGCUACGGAGCAGGUUUGAGGCGUUUUCCAUCGGGAUUGGAAGGAAUGGAAGGGGUUGGAUCAGGGGGGGUUGGGUUUGAAGGGGUGGUGAGCGGUGGAGCGGGGCGGGUGGAGGAGGAGGAGGUGGAGGCGGAGUUGCUAGCGAUGGAGGCAGCGGUUGAGUAUAAUGUGAGGGUGGUGACGUGUCAGGGGUCCCCUGUGCGCUGGCACAACUGCCACGUGUGCGUGCGGCCCAAUGCGGUGCUGCUGGAUGCAGCUGGGUGCAUAGUGGUGGAUGGGAGGGAGCUGCGGGCACGAGAUGGCAGUCCGGUGGUGUUGGAGGAGCAAGGAGAGAGCCUCAUUCACGCCCUCAUCGACUUUUCCCCUCCUCUGGUCCACCUCUCCUUCAUCCACGCAUUUCUUGACCUUGACCCGCGGGCUGUGGUGCUGCAAGAAACGGCAGUGAGGGUGAACCGAUGGUUGAGUGACCGCCAGAACCAGCACGAGGUCGUUGCGCAGUUCCUCACAUGUGAUCGCCGGCUGUAA